CGCUAGAUAUUUCCCCCUCCCCACUCCACCUAAACACUCCCUCUCUCUCACAACCAAAACCAAAGAGACGAGAGAGAGAGAGAGAGAGAAUGGCUACCGUGGUGCUGGACGACGCCGUUUCGGGUGGCGGUGGAGGAGGCCGGGCGGGAUGCAUGACGAGCCACGACGUCGUCGGUGGAGGGAGCUUGGAGAGCUAAAGGUACUACGUGUCUCGUCGUACGGUGAUGGAGAUGCUGAGCGACCGAGGCUACGACGUCGCCGACUCGGACCUCACUCGCUCGCUCACUGAGUUCCGUACCGGGUUCGGCCAAAACCCUGACCUCGACCGCCUCACCAUCUGCGCCUCUCUCCGCUCCAAUUCCAAGAACAAGAUUAUGGUCAUCUUCUGUGGAACUGAUGAAAUCAGAAAGGCGAGUGUUCGUGCCAUUUAUGCUAACCUCCUGAACAAAGAUAUAAGCUCUCUCAUGCUUGUCCUGCAAAGUAAAAUGAACUCCUAUGCUCGAAAAGAACUGGAAAACUAUCCUUACAAAGUUGAAACUUUUCACAUCUCUGAACUGCUGGUCAAUGUUACAAAGCAUGUUUUACAGCCAAAGUAUGAGAUACUUUCUACUGAAGAAAAGAAACAUCUGCUAAGGAAGUACAAGUUGGAAGACAAGAAGGUAACUAUUUGCUGACAUAAUCAUUCCUAUGUUCAAGGAUAAUCUUUAAAUGGUUAAGUUUGUCUUGAUUGAGUAUGGAGGUCUCUUGAACACUAAUUUACAUGCUUGAUAAGAACAUGUGGACUGUCCGUCCUUCCUUCUGGCCCAUAAAGAAUGAUAUUUAAUGGGGGGUGGAAAUAAUUACCUCACCUAAAAGGUAGAACGAAUCUAACAUUCCAUGUCAUACGAGGGGGCAGUCACUACUUCAACUGAUGGUGGGGCAGCAAGGGAUAUUUUAGGCUUGCCAUAUCUUCUCAGUGUUUCAAACUUCUAUGCCAUAAUCUGUUAAUGUUUAGUCUUGAAUGAGUAAAACAAAAGGAAGCAAGUGAGUUCAUGUGACCUCUUGAUCCUUGGUUGUUGUUUCUGUAGAAGUGCUUUACUCUAUUUGUUAGGAGUAUAGAAUUCAAUCAAAUGAUCUCUUUGUUCUCACAGACUGCUUAUAGCAUGGAAAGUUGAUUUCUCUUUUGGAAGUCCAUCCAAUCCUAAAGCAACUUUACCUAAAGCUGGUCACUAGUAAACCUACAAGUAAUUAGUGAAUUUGCACUCAGUCUUUAUUUUCACAUGGAUUCUUAGAAACCAUUUUUGGGUGGAUGAAUUGGAUUCUCAGUGUUAUAUCUUAGAGUAUAGGGUAAUGAAGUGUCAUUGAGGAAGGGUAUUUGUGAGUUAAGAGAGAACAGAUUUGAAUGCAGUGUCACUUGACCGUCCUCCCUUUUUAUUCUAGAAAUGUAUGGCAUAACUAGCAUUUGUUCCAUUUAAAUCUGUGGAGAAGGGCAGAAUAUAGAAGCAAGGUAGUCUCAUCCUAAGUAGAACUGUCACAUAACUUGAGGCCAUAAAGAUUUUGUCGCAAAAGGUCCACAGAUAUCUAUGUGAAUCAAUUGCAAGAAAAUAGUGCUUCUAGUUGCUGUUUUCUUUUUCUAUUUAGCAUACUUGCUUUUUACACAUUCAAUGCAGUCAAUUAAGUUCAGAUUCCGUGUUUAACUAGAAGAUGUAAUCUUUCUUUAGAAACAUGUUCUAAUCUUCUGUGUGAUACAUACGCAGAAUUUUCAAUAAAAUUUUUUUUUCUCUUAGAACCAAUCACAGUAACAGUUUCAAUACUAGCAUCAUUCACACAAUCUCAUUCUCAAGCAAAAGUACUUCUUUAGAAACAGAAGAUGAAGCAGUAGAAGAAGCUGAAAUCAACCAAUAAUCAUUAGGGAGCACUUCUAAUGAGAACCACUUUAAUGAAGACUAGUUGAGGAUUUCUAAUCAACGGUUUGGGAGAUUGAUUUUUUGAUUAUAUUACGGUAAAUCAAUCAUUAGAUGUUUAUGUAUGCAUGAGUAAAUCAAUUCUGAAAAGAAAAAAAAAAUAUAAGAUCGUAGUUUUUUUGAAUCUUUUGAUUGUUGCCAUAAAUGGUUUAUUAUAUUUAUACCUCCUAUUUUGGGAUCACAAUAAUCAUUGGAGGUUCAGUUUUAUAAAAGGAAUGUGAGACACAUCAAGACAAAAGUAGAAGAGUUGAU